GUCAACGCGCGGUUGAACCGACGGCUGACCGCGGUCAAAGCGCGGUUUGACCAUUGGUCAAUCGCCCUUUGACCGCGGCCAGCCGUCGGUUCAACCGCGCGUUGACCGCGGUUGACCGUCGGUCAAACCGCGAUUGGACUGCGGUUGCUUUUUUUUUUUUUUUUUACCUUCUUCUCCGGCGACUGUGGAACGAGAUGGGCGGCGACGAUGGGCGACGGCGACUGGUGGGCAAUGGGGACGGAACGCGACGGCGGCGACUGUGGAGCGCGACGGCGACGGCGACGCGAUGGGCGGCGGCGACUGUGGAGCGGGACGGCGACGGGACUGGCGGGCGGGAGUGCACGGCGACGGGAGUGGGCGGCGACGGGAGUGGCGGGCGGCGGCGACUGGCGGUCGAGAUCGGCGGCGGCGACGGGACUGGCGAGAGGAGUCCGGCCGGUGAGGGAGGUCGCGGGUGGUGAGAGCAGUUUUUUUUUUUUUUUUUUUUGACUGUAGUGGUGAGAGGAAUUGGGGGGAAGUAGAAUUUGAAAAUUGGUAAGGGUUUGUUUGUUUAAGUCAAUUAGGAGUUUUUGUUUAAGGGUAUAUAAGUAAUUGUACAUUCAAGUUAGGGUGAUGUUUAGCAAUUCUUAGGGCGACAUUUAGCGAUUCAGAUCUCAAUAGUCAAUACUAAUGUUCGCCCGGUGGUGAGUGUAUAUCAGUUCCAGUUAGUUAUACUCAUGUAAAUAUAUUUAGGAUAGGUUA